AUGUUCCGUCCGACAGGCCGCGCCGUGAGGCUGGCGAAAAGCUCAGCGCGCGCGGAGCCUGCCGUGGUCCUUGGUGCCGGGAGGGCGCGUGCAGGAAAAGAGUUUGCCAUGAGUGGGUCCAGACUCCGGGCCCCGUUACUCAGGCAGAAGCCCCAGGGACCCGGCCAGUCGAUCUUUCUAGAGAUCAUUUUCCCCUUCAUGAGGAAAACACAGACAGAAAGGAUGGUGACUGUCUGGCUGAAAAAUUAUCAUCAGAUUUCAGUGACCUUUGACGACGUGGCAUUGGACUUCACUCAGGAGGAGUGGAUAUUACUGGACCUCUCUCAGAGAAACCUAUACAGAAACGUGAUGCUAGAGAACUACCAGAACCUGGUCACAGUAGAAUAUCAACUGUCGAAACCUAAGCUGAUCGCUUGGUUGGAACAACAAGAGCUAAGGGCAGUGGAGCAGGGUAUUUUGCAAGAAUGGGAGACAGGACUUCAGACUAAAGGGUCAGAAUCUCACCAGGAUUUUUUUGGAGGAAAAACAGCCAGUGAAAUACAAAAAGAGAGGACCCACCAUGGAGUAGAACUCUCUGACUGUCAGCAAAGUGGGAAAGACUUGAGGAAGCACUUCAACCUUAAGACACACGUGAGAACUCAAAAUAGAGAGAACGCUUUUGAGUGUAACCCGUAUCACAAUGGCUUCCUUACUCCGCAAAAGAAAAACUCUACUAGAGAGAAGCUUUCUGAGUUGAAUCGGUGUGGUAAAAUCUUGCGCCUGACUCCACCUAUCAUGUAUGAGAGAACCAGCCUGGCAGGGAAGUCUUUGGAAUGCAGCGACUGUGGGAAAACAUUCAUUAAUCAUUCCCAUUUUCAGGCGCACAUGAGGAUUCACGCUGGAGGAGAUUUUGAUGAAUGGAAGCCGUUUAUAAGGGCUUCAGUCUUCUCAGCAGACCAUACUGAGCAUGUGCAGACACACACUCAAGAACCCCAUGAAUGUAAACAAUGUGGGAAAUCUUAUGCAGAUUCCAAGUGCCUCAAUAAUCACGUCAUUCGACUUCACACUGGAAUAAAACCCUUUGAAUGUAGUGAAUGUAGGAAAGCCUUCGCUACAUCCUCCCGUCUUUAUGUGCAUUUGAGACUUCACACCGGAGAGAAACCCUAUCGAUGUAAAGAAUGUGGGAAACACUUCCAGUGGCCCUCGCUCCUUCGUAAACACGUUCGAACUCACAGUGGUGAGAAGCCCUAUAAAUGUAAGGAAUGUGGAAAAGCCGUCAGUCGUUCGUCAGUUCUUAAUGAACAUUUGAGAAUUCACACUGGAGAGAAGCCGUAUAAAUGUAAGGAAUGUGGGAAACGUUUCGCUUGGCUCUCGGUCCUUCGUAAACAUGUUCAAACUCACAGUGGUGAGAAGCCCUAUAAAUGUAAGGAAUGCGGGAAAGCCCUCAGUAGUUCCUCAAUUCUUAACGAACAUUUGAGAAUUCACACUGGAGAGAAGCCGUACAAAUGUCAGCAAUGUGGGAAAGCCUUCACCAAUUCCUCACGACUUAGUGUACAUUUGAGAACUCACACUGGAGAGAAACCCUAUCAAUGUAAGGAAUGUGGGAAAGCUUUCGUUUGGCCCUCAGUCCUUAAAAAACAUUUACGAACUCACGGUGGAGAGAAGCCCUAUGAAUGUGGUGAAUGUGAGAAAGCCCUUGGUAGUUCCUCGUAUCUUCAUGAACACUUGAGACCUCACACUGGAGACAGACCCUUUCAAUGUGGUGAAUGUGGGGAAGCCUUUAGGACUUUCUCCUAUUUUCAUAGCCAUUUGAGAAAUCACUCUAGAGAGUAACCCUGUGAAUGUAAGUACUGUGGGCAAGCUUUCACUGCUGCUUUCAUCUGGAUUCAACAGUUAAGAAUCCACACUGGAGAGAAGCCCUGUUGAUGUAAGGAAUGUGGGAAAGACCUCACUUGGUCCUCCAGCCUUCACAAGCGUAUACAGACUCACAGUAGAGGGAAGCCCUGUGAGUGUACGGGAUUCGCACAACUAGAAACGCUACCACCAUCUUUGGACCCUGAAGAGAGUGCUUGUCUUGGUGUUGGCCAAGGUCUUGGAGGGACGACCUUUGACCAGGGUCCAAAAAAGGAUGAUGGCCCUGACAACGGGACAAUUGCAGUGACCUUUGACGACGCAGUGACCUUUGAUGACGUGGCAUUGGACUUCACCCAGGAGGAGUGGAUAUUACUGGACCUUGCUCAGAGAAACCUAUACAGAAACGUGAUGCUGGAGAACUACCAGAACCUGGUCACAGUAGGAUAUCAACAGUCAAAACCCAGCCUAGUAGCUAGGUUGGAACAAGAAGAGUUGAGGACAGUGGAGAAAGAAGUUUUCCCAGUUUUUAAUAUGAAAGAAAGGACCCACCAGGGAGCAGAGCUCUCUGAGUAUAAGCAAAGUGGGAAAAUCUUAAGCCAACACUUACUCCUUAAGACACACAUGAGAACGGAAAAUAGAGAGAACACUUUUGAGCAUACUCAGUAUGCCAACAGCUUCCGUCCUCUGCAAAAGGAAAGAGCUACGAGAGAGAAGCUUUCUGAAUUGAGUCAGGGUGGUAAAGUCUUCCACCUGACUCCACACAGCUUGUAUGAGAGAACCAGUCUGGCAGAGAAGCCUUCUGAAAAUAGUGGCUGUGGGAUGACGUUCAUUAGUCAUUCCCACUUUCAGACACAGGGGAGAAGUCACGGUGGAGGAGACCUCGAUGAAUGGAUGCUUCCAUUUCCAGGGAUCUCAGUUCCCUCAGCAGGUCACCCUGUGUAUAUGCAAAUGCACACAGUUAGAGACCCCUAUGAAUGUAGGGAGUGUGGGAAGUGUUACGCAAAUGUGAAACGUCUCAAUAAACACAUCAGUCGAUUUCACGCUGGAAUAAAACCAUUUGUAUGUAGCGAAUGUGGAAAAUCUUUCUACACUUCCUCACACCUUUAUAUACAUUUUAUGAUUCACACUGGAGAGAAGCCCUAUGAAUGUAAAGAAUGCGGGAAACACUUCCAGUGGCCCUCAAUGCUUCGUAAUCAUGUUCAAACUCACACUGGUGAGAAGCCUUAUAAAUGUAUGAUAUGUGGGAAAGCCCUCAGUAGUUCCUCAUAUCUUAAUCAUCAUUUGAGAAUUCAUACUGGAGAGAAGCCCUUUGAAUGUCAGGAAUGUGGGAAAUGCUUUGCUUGGAUUUCAGGCUUUCGUAGACAUGUUCAAACUCACAGUGGUGAGAAGCCCUAUAAAUGUAAGGAAUGCGGGAAAGCCCUCAGUAGUUCCUCAAUUCUUAAAGCACAUUUGAGAAUUCACACUGGAGAGAGGCCAUAUAAAUGCAAGGAAUGUGGGAAAGCCUUCAUUAACUCCUCACGACUUAAUGAACAUUUGAGAAUCCACACUGGAGAGAAACCCUAUGAAUGCAAGGAAUGUGGGAAAUCCUUCCACCUUUCUUCAAGCUUAGUUGGACAUUUAACAGUUCACACUGGAGUGAAACCCUAUCAAUGUAAGGAAUGUGGAAAAGCUUUUAACAAUCAUUUAUCCCUUAAAAAUCACAUCAGGUCUCACGCCAGAAGCAAACCCUAUCAGUGUAAAGAAUGUGGGAAGGCUUUUCAUUUUCUUGCUUGUUUUAAGAAGCAUGUGAAAACUCCCACUGAAGGGAAACCCUAUGAAUGUAAGGAGUGUAUGAAAGCCUUCGCUUGUUCUUCAUUCUUUAGGGCACAUAUGAAGAUUCACACUGGAAAGACGAACUAUGAAUGUAAAGAAUGUGGAAAGACCUUUAGCUGUUCUUCAUCCCUCACGGAACACAAAAGGAUUCAUAGUGGAGAUAAGCCUUAUGAAUGUCGGGAAUGUGGGAAGGCCUUUAGUUGUUCCUCCUCACUCUCCAAACACAAGAGGAUUCAUAGUGGAGAUAAGCCAUAUGAAUGUAAGGAAUGUGGGAAGGCCUUUAGUUCUUCCUCUCACCUUAUAAUACACAUAAGAAUUCAUACUGGAGAGAAGCCUUAUGAAUGUAAAGAGUGUGGGAAGGCCUUCAGUGAGUCCUCAAAACUCACUGUCCACGUCAGAACACACACAGGAGACAAACCAUAUAAAUGUAAGGAAUGUGGGAAAGCCUACAAUUGUCCCUCCUCCUUAAGUAUCCACAUGAGAAAACACACUGGAGAGAAACCCUAUGAAUGUCUGGAAUGUGGAAAAGCCUUCUAUCUUCCCACUUCCCUGAAUACACACGUGAAAAAUCAAAGUAGAGAGAAACCCUAUGAAUGUAAGGAAUGUGGAAAAGCCUUCAGUUGUCCCUCAUCCUUCAGAGCACACGUGAGAGAUCACACUGGAAAGAUACAAUAUGAAUGUAAGGAAUGUGGGAAGGCCUUUAGCCGUUCUUCAUCCCUCACGGAACAUUUAAGAACUCACAGUGGAGAGAAGCCUUAUGAAUGUAAGGAAUGUGGGAAAGCCUUUAUUAGUUCCUCCCACCUUACAGUACAUAUAAGAACUCACACUGGAGAGAAACCUUAUGAAUGUAAGAAAUGUGGAAAAGCCUUCAUUUAUCCCUCAGCCCUUAGGAUCCACAUGAGAACACACACUGGGGAGAAGCCCUAUGAAUGUAAGGAAUGUGGGAAAGCCUUUCGCCAUUCUUCAUACCUUACUGUCCAUGCAAGAAUGCACACUGGAGAGAAGCCCUUUGAAUGUCUGGAGUGUGGGAAAGCCUUCAGUUGUCCCUCAUCCUUUCGAAGACAUGUAAGAAGCCACACUGGAGAGAAACCCUAUGAAUGUAAGGAAUGUGGGAAAGCCUUUGUGUGCCCUGCCUACUUUCGAAGACAUGUGAAAACUCACAGAGAGAAAAUACAUAAAUGUCAGAAAUAUGGGAGUGUCUUCAAGGCAUUUUCACAUCCUCCGUCUAACAUUGCGGAGAUACCCUAUGAAUGUAAGAAAGCAGGAAGUUGUUGCUUAUCUGUUUGA